AUGGCAGACCAAGGCAGACACCACGACACACUCACUGAGAUCCGCGACAUCGUGUCAACCUCAUGGUUAUACCCUUUCAAAGGUGUCUACUAUUUUCUCACGCACCGCGAGUUCUGGCCUCUGUUUCAACGACGAUUGAUUCCGCUCACGAUCCUCUCUGUGGUCGUUCUUGGCUUCCUAUUCACAUUUGCAUAUCUGCCACAGGUCGCUUUUCUGGCUAUCUUCCAUGGCCCCGCAGCCUUCUUUAAUGCAGCGAUUCUGGUGCUUGGUGAGGGGCAGAUCAUAAUCGCUUUGCUCUUCGAAGCCUUCCUCAUAGAUGAAACAUGUGUCAAUGUCUUUGAUGCAACUCUCAUCAGCCGAGGCUACAAAGACCUCGUCUCUCCCGUCCGAAUCCUCUUCCACGAUGCCCCGAACCCAGUAAAGAUGCUCGGGAAACCAACUGCCUCCGCAAUAUACAGUCCUUUCUCCUUCCGCCAAAUAUUCGAAUGUAUUGUCUUCCUACCCAUAAAUUUCAUACCUAUAGUCGGCGUAUUCUUCUACCUCCUCCUAACCGGCGCCCGAGGCGGUCCUCUACACCACUACCGAUACUUUAAACUUCGAGGAUGCACACGAAAAGAGAAGAAAGAAGAGAUCAGAAAGCGAGGAUGGAGCUAUACGUGGUUUGGGACUGUGGCACUGUGUCUACAAUUGGUGCCUGUGCUGAGCAUGUUCUUCCUUCUGUCAACACCAAUUGGAAGUGCUCUCUGGGCAGUAAAUUUAGAGGAGCAGAAGAAGAGGGUGAGAGAUGCCGACGUUUCGGUGCAGAGAGAGGCACAUAAUCAGGAUAUUGGGCAAACAGUGGUGGAUGAGGAGGCCCCACCGCCUUACACUGAUGAUUCUCUAUAA